AUGGAGGCUCUCCCCAAGGAGAACCGAUUGGGUGAAGUGUGCCUAGCGUUACGGUAUGUUCCGAAUAAGAACAAAUUAUCUGUGGUUGUUAUGGAAUGCAAGAACCUUAAGAAGAUGGACGUUCUCGGCUUAUCAGAUCCAUACGUGAAAAUUUAUUUAAUGAUGCAAAACAAACGAUUAGAGAAGAAGAAAACAACAAUCAAGAUGAAAACACUGAACCCGUAUUAUAAUGAAUCGUUCAGUUUCGAUGUUACACCUGAAAAAAUGCAGGUCAGUUCAUCGCGCAAAACUCUUUCGCUUUUAAUUUUCGCUAAUUGCUUCAAAACAUUGUAG